UGUCGUCGUUGUUGGAUCGUUCUUGUAUUUUCUAGCGUCCGGCUAAAGCCGCUUACCGGGUUCAAGUCCAGUUUUCUCACCUCUUUCCUUUUGUUCCAUUCUUUAGUUCGUGGUUUUUGUUUUUAGUUGGUUUUCUUCUUCUCUUUCCGUCCGCGUAUACACCAGCGAGCGAAAUACCUGUGCGAAGAAGCAGCAGUUCGGUUUGAGGUUUUUCAAAGAUGUGGUAGUUCGUUUGAGAACUGAAUGGAGAAUGGUGCCCAGUAAACUGUGAAGUUCUGGAAAAAUUCGCGAUCGCUGCUGAUCCAUCCCACGGUAAUGUGCAUUGGUGUAGGUGGGGAGCUAGUGCUUAGUGACAAUAGAAGAAGAAAAAAGAACCCUAGAACAUAAUUUCGCAGGUUUGCCUGUCUGAAGAGAGCUUAGAAAACGAAGGAAGGAAUUCCUAUGUGUCAAGUGGAGAGAUUCGAUCGUGAUCACGGUUCGGAACCUGUUGAAUUGGAAUUGGUCCCAAGAACUGAGGUCGGUGUGAGUGAUGGAACCUCGUAAUCGGCCCGCAGUAGCGUAUAGCGAGGCAAGAAUGUGAACCGUGUGUGCGGCGAAGACAAAUUCCUUGCAGAGUGGACGAAUUUUGCAACUGCUGGCAAGAAGUCGCCCGUCGGUCGUCGUCGGUAGUUUGAAUUGUGCUUGUUUUGGUUGCGUGUUCUGUUUUGUGCGGUGUAACAUACUGAAUUGAAUGGAUGUCGGUUUGGAGCACGAGGAAAAAAGAAGAAACAAAAGCGAAAAGCCGAACCAAACCAAAUGUGCAGUGCAGUGCUUUUUCAAUUAGCAUCGAUCAAUGGGCAAUGAAAGGUGUUUGUAAAUAUCGAUAACUUGUUUUCUGUGUAUACAGUCGUACGCCAGGCCGAAAGGUGUGAAGAAUUUUCAAACAAUUUGUACUAGUGUUUGAGUGAAUGUUUACUAAUUGGUUAAACCGAGUGCUUUUUUCCGCCAGUGGCUCCUUAGCUCAGUAACGUUCGGCCGAGUGUUAUGCUUAGUGAAGGAAAACCCUCAACCGCAUUGGACUAUUUAUUGGAGGCUUUUUCGUCAACCUCGCCCGUGCUCAGUAAGUGUUAGCUGUUGGAAAACCGAUUGGUGAUAACGAGCUCACCGGGUGAACACUGUUACGUUGGCCGGUGUGUGUAUUUGUGUCUGUGCGCACAUGAUACCGCGUGGAUGGAUUUUAUCAUCUCAGAUCUGCAUCGUAUCGCAUUUAAUCAUCCAACAAAAUCAGGCAACGUCGUCAGUCGGAGCGAACUGAUCUCCGUUUGUGUCGGCAAAUAUGAUCUUCUGCGCAUAAUGAGUGGAGCAGUUUGUUGUCAGUCUGCGACCAAACGCGACGAGCAGCAUUAGUUGCAGCAGUAGCAGUAGCAAAAGCAGUAAGUGCAUUUGGACAAUUUCCGGCAGCAGUUCAGCAGUCGGGUAGUUCCAUUAGCGUCGCGAGUGUAGUUUGUGUAGCAGAUAUCAAUUACCAUAAAAGUUUGGUGUGUAUAUUCGUAUCAAAAUAAUUGCGGCCCGAUUCAAUCAGCUUUUGGGAGCACAUGCUUAAAAGCAUUCCGGGCGUCAAAUAGCUUAUCGUGGGUAAUUUUCUUCCGAGUGGCCUCAUAAAUCCGUCUGUUCGAUGAAGAAGACGAGGCCAACAGAUGCUGCCGGAAAGAGAGAGAAAGAGGGAGAGUAAGAGAAAAAAAAGAAGAAGUGUUAGCUAGGAGAAAGUGAAAAUUCGUCCGUCAGCACCCGCUGAAAAAGUGGUGCGCCUUAGUAAUUAAACAUUAUUAACUAAUGAAGUGAAUAAAAUUAUUAUCAUCAAACAAGAGAGUGCAAAACAAUUGUGUGUGCGUGUGUAUCGGUAUCGCGAGUGUCGAUCAUUACGAAAGGAAAAACUCAUUCAGAAGAAAAAGGUGUUACCACCGUUUGUGAUAACCCUUCCCUUUCUUUAUGGGGUUUGACGCUCGUCAAACAAGAGACCUCUCACAGACCGUAACUGGGAAAUUGAUCUAUUAUUGUUGGGGUAGUGUCCAUACGAGUGAAUCCGUCAGGCAGCAUCUUCAUCAACACACAACCAACAAUAGUUACAACAUUUCUAGCUAAGAUAUUGACACCAGCGCAGUACGGAGCAAACUUUCUAGUGACUAUUGCACAACUCCCUCGUCGUAACUAAGCAAUUUUCCGGAGGCAAACAAGAUUACUCUGAAGCCCUUAUGCAUAAUCAUAACGCGUAGUUGAUGCUUCGACGGCAAGAUUUGAUUUAAUUAACAAGCCCUCGUCUGCGCUGCUCGCUACUGCGCCGUUCGAAACAAUAGUUGAUGUAGACCCCCGCUGCGGUCGCGAAUUGUUAACAGAGUCUUCCCUGCUGGGUGUGGGAGGAACAAUUAUCACAAAGUCGCGUGUCUUGUCGGUGUUUGCCGAGGCAACUCUCACUGGAAAUCUUGGAUCAGCUCUCUUUUGGGAGGGCUCUUCAGAGGACGUCGGCGCAAAUAACAACGAAAAAAAAGGUCAAACCCAUGUGAGAAGAAGACAUCGCCCCGAAUAGAGCAUGGCGAAAAUGCUCGCCUUUGUGCAAUCAAGUCGAGAGUUUGCCAGUGAAUAGCGUGAUCUUGUUUGGGUUUCUCGGCUUAAGAAGAGCUCUUUUCCCCGUCUUGCUGGCCGAAGAAAUAGUUGGCGAAUGUGUAGUGUGUAGUUUUGCGUACGUGAAGUUAUCUACCGAACAAUGGAUCGGUUCAGUGUGAACAAAGGACCGACCAACACCGGUGGGACCUCCGCUUCGAGCCCCGCUGGAAGUGCCGGUACUACCUGUAAUAAUGGUAAAAUCAUCACAGCCACAGCCCACAAUGGCAAUAGCAACGGUAGCUGUAACAGCACUACCACCACCACCACCACCAGCAGCAGCAACAGCAUUAACAACAACAGCACUAAUAACAUAAACAACACCAACAACAAUGCUGUGAAGAUACGCCCUGAACGGAACAACGGUGCCGUAUCUUCCGUUGACUCGGUGGUGGUUUCGUCCUCGUCCGCAACAUCACUGCUCGCUGGAACGGCUCCCGGCUACCGAAAAUUGUUCCAUCGAUCAGGACCGGGCAGUGCCAGUGCCACCUCGGAUUACAGUAUGUCCACCGUCGCCGAAUCAAUUCAGGACGAACAGCUGAGUACGGGGGGUAACAGCCCGCCAGCUAGCGGCAACAGUGUGUCCUCCAUGCUCCAGCACUCCAACGGUAGCGGUAGCGUACUGCAGCCCGCUGGUCAUCCGGGAGGAGGAGGACUAGCCGGUGGUCACAACAUACCAGGACUGCCGGGGAUUGGACCACAGAACAAUAGCAACCUAACCCAGGCCGGACUGGAGGAGUACAGCAGAUCGUACUACGAGCAAACAAUGUAUCACCACCAGAAGCAGUCCUCGUACGCCCAAUCCGAAGGAUACCACAGCUACGUGUCCAGUUCGGAUUCCAGCUCGACGCCAUUUCUCGAUCGAUUGCGCCAAGACAGUGACCUACUGCUGUCCCGAUCGGCCCACACCUGGUCCCAGCAGGAUUUACAGCAGCUCUCGGCCUCCAACAAUAGCAUCGCCGAUAACAACAGCUCCGAAAGCACUUCGUCCACGGAAACGCUUAAGUGGCUCGGGUCGAUGAGCGAUGUUUCCGAGGCAAGUCAUGCCACCAGCAUGUCCGCCCUGUCCAGUGCCGGUUCCACCUCUCAGCUGAUUGCGCACAGUUCGCGGGUCCGAACACCGCAGCGCCACAACUCCGAAAGCAUUUUGUACAUGACGACGGAUGAGCAGCAUCAACAUCAGCAGCAGCAGCAGCAUCAGCUCCAACAGCAUCUCAGUCAUCAGUCACCUACGGCCGUUGGUGUUGGCUCGAUCGGAGGUUUGGUGUCUCAAUCGAUGGGAUCGCUGCAUCACCAUCACUUGCAUCAUCACCAUCAUCAUCAACAUCAGGUACCGCUCGGUCAGCAUAGUGUUGAAGCCUCCCCAAACGGUGGAUUAACGCAAUUAUCACCGCACCAGAAGCAGGGCAGCUCAUCCAGCUCCCCCGGUGGAUCUCCGAUUGGGGAGGGGGACCUUCGAUUUCAGCACCGAGCCUCGUCGAACGCUUCACUGGCGUCGUCCUCGUCGGCUCCGACCACGACCGGCAGCGGCAAUAACAACAACAACACCUGGAUCGCAGGCGGCAACGGUCCGGUUCGAUCUAGUCGUAGCAAUAAUCGGCUGUUUCCUAUCAGCACCUAUACAGAGAUUCCUAGCAACGUUAGCAGUAACAGUAGCAGUAACAAUUGUAUCAAUAGUAAUAGUAACAUUAACGGGAAUAACGCUUUCGUCGGCGGAUCUUCGACUCCACUGGUUGACAGUUCGAAACAACUCAGUCCACACAGUUGGCAGUCGGUGGCCGAUCGCAUCAACGAAUUAGAGAAGCACCAACAGCAAGGAUUAUCCUUGCUUAACAACAACAACAACAACAACAACAACAACAAUAGCAAUAGUGGCAAUAAUAGCAUUAUCACAUCGUCAGCUUCAAUUGGUGCUAAAAAUCUUAGUCAUGCAGCAGCAGCCAAACAACAACAACAGCAACAGCAACAACAACAACAACCACUCCCAAGGUAUACGUAUUUCGAUCCGUCCAAAACUCACCGGGUGUCGAACCCAUCGCUAAAAGCGUUCCAGAAAAACGCUGUGAUAUCUUACUUCGAACGGCAGCAGGCUCACGCUCGUGAAAGCAGUCACAAUCUGUCGCGACCGACGACGCUGAAUCUGCAGCAACACCAGACCGGAUCACCCCCGUCUCACAAAUCGGUCUCACAACGUUCCUCCAUUUCUAGUGCUUAUUCCUCGUCGGAAAGCACCAUGGAUCUCACCACAUCCUCGCAUUCCUCGAUCGCCGGCAGUUACAACCACCACACCACAACGAGCAUGCACUCCCCGGCGAGCAUAGCUGCCCAACAACAGCUGGACAAGAUCGCGGCCAACAAUCUACGCAAUCAGCUAGCUUCCGUCCACACAAUGAAUAUACUGAACAAGGUCCAAUCGCCGCUGAAUGCGCAGCUGAUCGAUCAGCAGAUGAUUAGCAAUGCCACGUUGAUCCUUUCUGCUAAUGGCAAUGGAACGACAGUCGAUGCUUCGAUCAGCAACGGGAGCAGCCCAACGUCGCCGGAAGAUCCACUCGAUACGAAUGUGUCUCCCCCGCCACCGCCUCCACGAUCGAGAUCAAUCGUUAUGCCGGCUAUCAAUAGUACCGCUAGCAUGGCCACCGCAACCACGCACGCCGCCCAUUUGGCCACGGUUCGAAGAACCUCCUCUGCAUCAGAAUAUUCUUCCAUUCGAGAUAAAAUGAUUCAACAACGGCAGCAACUAUCGAAGGACUUACUUGGUCCCAUGAUUAUGGGACCUAUCAUAGCACUAGACGAUUGGGUUCCGGAGCGACCGCCCAAGAACCCGAUGCUCCGAAUACCGAGCCCAGAACUACCACCACCUCCUCCGACGAUGAGUCCUACUGAGGAUGUAAUACUUUUAAAUCAAGACGAACCCUUACCACCCCCACCGCCAGAAAUCUUGCGGCACAUUCGCCAACUCAGUGAUUCCGGUGAGCCUAAAUCAAACCCUGCCAGCCGACGGAAUAGUUUCGCAGGGCAAACCAACAAGAAAUCCCUGUACCGAGCAUCCACACUGGAAAAUCUUUCUCCUCCUCCACCGGGGGCACCACCACCACCACCUCAAUCACAGCAAGCACAAAUUAGUCAAUUAAUUAUUCCACCCACCGUUCCGAAGAAACCACAAUCGGUGGAAUCCCAAGUCCUGUAUCGACGGCCUUCGACCAGUAUGUCGAAAUCGCUCAGUAAACAAUCAAACGGAACCAACUACAUCCAUCAAGCCCAUCGGGUCAUAGUGAACGGGAAAGCCGACCAAAGGCAUUCGCUUCCGAUGCCUCUGCAGCCACCGGCACAGAUUCAACCGGUUCCCCAAGUUCAAUUCGUCCCACGCCAAUCCGAAUCGCGGCUAUCGAUGCGGAAACGAUCGCACAACUCCCAGCAGAUUCCGGUUGCCGAGUAUCUACUCAAAGCCGUCCACCAACAGAACGGUCAAAUUGUUCCUACCGGGUUUAAUAAUAAUAAUAAUAAUAACAACAGUAUGAAUGUAUUAACGAAUGCCACAAUGACGUCACCUCCGCCACUGAAGCCACGGAUGCCCGUUCAAUCGCCGGAGAGUCUCAACGGACAGCUGAUUUCCAUGGGAAGUAAAAGUUGCACCGGACGUGACUAUCGUGACUAUCAGGUCACCGAUUGCAACAAUAACGUCCCACCGUGCGACAGCAGUGACGAUGAUGCUGGCAGCCGCAGUUUCGGAAGCGGUAAUUUACUCGACUGUCGGGCACAUUCGUCCGCAUCGGUACAUUCCGAUGGUCCCAGUAGCACCCGCGACUGGUUAGUAUAUUUCGGUUCCAAGCUGCAUUUUCCGACGGCGAGAAAAACGUUGUACCUGAUGAGUAACUCCAAAGCUUCCUACCUGCCACGCCAACCACGAGACAAACUUCACUCGGAUCCGGAUCACGGUAGCUACAAACUAACACUGACCUCGAACGAGGACUGCAUCAACCACAACGAUGUCUUCUCCGAAGAAAUCAUCACUUCGCCGAAGUGCAACCUGCCGGAUGUGUUGCCGCCCGGGGUCAAAUAUUCCCUAUAUUCCAGUAACAAUAACAACAAUAGCAAUACAACCAGUGGCAGCUGCAGUCCGGCCAAUGGCAAACCGACUGUCGGCAAGCCACCGAAAUCGAAUCCUCACAGUGCUCCGAUCAUUUCGGCCAAUAGUCUGAAAUCGAUGUUCAAUUUUUCGCCCCAGCAACUACAGCAAAAUCAGGUCACACCACCGAGUGCUUCCUCGCCGGUAACACCGCCACCAACCUACAGUGCCGCCACCGGUCAGCAAUCUCCCUCGCUGCCAGGAAGUCCCACAAACCAAGCGGUCAGCCCCAAAUACACCUCCCAGUCUACGUUCGAUCUGAAAAAGACGCAAAUUCUCGACACGCAAUAUCUCACUCAGAGUUCGGCCCAGAUAGGACUGCCACCAAUACCAAAUCACCACCAGCAGCAGCAGCAGCCGCAACAUCAUUCACUAGCCGAACCGAUCAAUAAUACCAAUUAUCUCAAUCAUCAGCACAGCACCAACAAUGGCUGCAGCCAGAAAACUGUAAAUAAUUAUAAUGAAUUUUCAGAAAAAUCCGAUAGCUUUGAGUCGUCGAUUAGCACCAGUACAUGCACCGUUGAGUCAGUGGAAACGAACCAUAACAACACCAACACCAACACAAACAGCGCCGUUCAGUCUUCGGUACGCGAUGAAUUUUCGGCCAAAGAGGAAGAAACCACGAUCAGUAGUAAGCACAACUCAACCUGUGCGGAAGCAAACCACCCGGAGCAACCGAUCACGUGCGGUGGUAAACUUACGACGUCUUUCGAAGAGUCCAACCAGUCCGUAGCGUUAGUAGAACGUGUCACCAAAGAGAUCAACUUGGAACCGGUGCACACUUCUGCCUGUGAUUCGAACACGACGGCACCCGCGAAAAUAGUUCAACGAACGGAAAUCGUCCUCCGGGUAGGGGCGGCUACUUCGGAAGCAUCCUCGCAAACGGACGACGAUCUGGCCUCGAGUGAUCACCAGCCAUCGCACCACAGUCCUGCAUCCCAUCGAUCAUCACCGCCGAGCUCGCCGAAUCAACUCACGGUGGGCAUUGCCGAACUAGUGAUAGAACAACAGCCAAGUCAGGCGACGACGGGUCAGCAAGCCGCAGUCGGCAAGCACUCGGUUGCCACCUCCACUGUCGGUUGCUCUCCACCAAGCACACCGACCGGUGGCAAAUCUCCGACCGGAGGAUUUUUCAGCAAGGCUUGCACGGCCGCCCCCCGGAAGGUGCACCCGGAGGAAAUCGACUGUGAUAAAUUGUCGCACGAUCUGAUUAGUCAAUUGUCACCGUCGGACAAACUGCACACCAUACUGGCUCCCAAAACGUUCAAAUCAUCCUCCGAUUAUGUAUCCGAUCUGUUCAACAUUCAAAUAGCACCCCGACCGAUGAAGAAGGAUGCCUCGACUGCGACACCGGAAGCGAGCCCGCAAAAAAGCCCGCUGGAUAUACUGACCACCAGUUCCACCUACUUCCAAGUGUCCGAACCGAAGGCGAAGCUGAUGACGCGAUACAGUCGCGAAAUGACGCUGAUUAAUGGCGACUGUUGCGAUCUGACCAAGAAAAAGGAGGAACUCGUCCAGCGGCUCGGCAAAAAGUUACUAGUCCUGUCGAAUGAGCAGACCAGCAUCGCGGAGGAAAGCAACGCCAACGACCUGCUCGGCAACGAUGUCGCACUGAAGGUGGCCCAAAAGGUACGACCGACCGAUGCGUCCAAGUUCCGUUCGUACGUCGACGACGUUGGCUACAUUACGAUGCUGCUGCUGUCGCUUUCCGGCCGGUUGGCCCGAACUGAUAAUGCUCUGCACAACAUUGAUGAUUCACACCCGGAUAAGAAAAUCCUCGAAGCCAAACGGGACCGACUGCUGGAACAGUUGGAUGAAGCGAAACAGCUCAAGGACGACAUCGACCGCCGGGGUGCAAUCAUUUCCAAAAUACUGGAGAAAUCGCUCACCAUCGAGGAGUACGCGGACUACGACUAUUUCAUCAACAUGAAAGCCAAACUGAUAGUGGACUCGCGGGAGAUCGCCGACAAGAUCAAGCUGGGCGAGGAACAGUUGGCCGCCCUCAAGGAUACGCUGGUGCAGAGCGAAUGUUGACCAGAUUCGUUUGUAGAUAGUUGAAAUCAGCACUGCAUAGUUUGUAAAUGUUUUGUGUCCAUAUUUUUUAAGCAUCUGAAACGGUUAACUCUUCGUGCGAUUGGCACCGGAAGAGGUAAAACAUUGUUCGAUCGGCUGUUUAGUGAAGUAGAUUAACUUUCUGAAUGAAACGGGCUAGCUGCAAACUAUUCACUAUCCCGUAAGAUGUGCGACGCUUGAGUUCUGUAAAUUUUGUAAAUACUAGAUUUUAACCAAGUGAAAUACUGCGGAACAAGUCAAAACUAACUAACAUCAACAUUUAGGCCAAAAAUACCAAAAGAAAAACAAUUCUGAAUGCAAUCUGAAUGCUGCGACGGACGACGAACCCGUCGUCGCCGUUUCCUACAAAUGUCAAUUAUUUUAGUCUGUAUUAACUAUUCUGUUUUUUUUUGUUGUUGUAAUAAGGCAAAAAGUUCUUGCAUUUCAAUGUAUGAUGUUGAAAUUCAAAGAGUUUUUUUUAAGGCGCACCCCUUUCUCUCCUGUUUUGUGUUGUUUGAACUCGCACCACUGUUCUGUGUAAAUAGUUUCAAAUUACAUUAUCCUUGUGAAAGUUGAGCUCUUUUAUUUUCUCCAUUGUGUGCAGUGCCUUAGAGUAUUAACCAUAGUAGUUUACAUUUUGUUAGUCACCUUAACCAAAAGGGAAAAUUUUUGGUUUCAAAGUGUGCCCUCUGGAGCUGGCGGAAUUCGAUUGUUGCUUCAAAUUGUGAUUCAACUGUAAUUGAAGAACAUGUUAGGUUCAGAUAUGAUUGAAAUUUAUUAGAAAUCAUUCUUUAAUCUGUGACAUUGCGGACUAAAUUAAUCCCAAUUUUAAACUACAAUCCUCUUGCCAGUUCCGUAAAACAAUGUUGUCCAUAAUUGUAAUCUCUUCUUCAAUUCACGUUAACAUGUCAAUCAAAUGCACAAACAUUGUGUACAUUGAUGUGGUCCCUUCAUUGUACCACUUUACCAGUAUCAUUUCUGUCGAGCUUCUGCUCGCAAUUGGUCAUUGGAAACAAAAACAGUAACGAUUCUCUGUGGAACACAUUUUCAUUAGGUGCUUAUAAAUAAUUAUGAACGCUACUUCUACUAACACUAGACUGUAGUGUUUUUCAAAUAGUUAGAGGAAACUUUCCUUUUCGGCUGUCUAGUUGUAGCAAAGCAAAGCGAAUCAAAGUGCUGAAACUCAUUUAAACGUUCUGCUAGUAGGUUUAUACUUUCAUUCAUUCAACCCGUUAGUGUCUUUACUACUUUCCUUAUUAGUAAUAUCAGUUAGUGCAUCAAUAUGUUAUCGUCAAUUAGCAGGAGUACUUUCUUCUAUAGAACGUAGUUAAACUAUAGGUAAAAUAUGAAAAAAAUUUAAAAAAUUUAUUGUGAUUUUACUUACAAGAUAAACUAUAAUUUACGAGUUUUAUGCGUAUUGGUAGAGAUUAAAUUCUAUUAUCGUUUUGUAAACCGACAAACUGUCCAGAAUGUCUUUUAUUCGUGUGCAAAUGAUUAGACUUAGCAUAUCUAGAAUAUGUGUGAGAACACAGUUUCAAACACACGUUACUUAACAAACUUCUCUGUGUCAAAAAAUGAAAUGAAUAAAUUGCUUAAAAAUGGA